AUGCACGAAUGGGCUGGUAGACCGAGGCGGUUGGGGACUCGACGACGAGGGCGAUGCCGUGUGAAGUACCGUGACCGAGGAGCGGCGCGAAUUGCUGGCUGCUCCCGAGAUGGCGUGCUGAAAUUCGGCAUCGACAUCGUCAAAGUCCGGAAGGCUCUCCUGAGAGGGAGACGUGUCGACGCGACAAGAUUCAUCGUCAUCGAACGGCGUCAUCAGGCUUGGGAUGCCGCGAGCUGCGACCGGGGCGACGAGUCUCGGACCGCCGUCAUCGCUGCUGGUGAAAGUGGCUUGCGCUGGCUUGGCAGAAGCGGACGAAAGAUUUGCAUCGCUACUUAUGGUUGUGACAUCUGUGCUGCCAGUAUUGCUCCCCCAGCUGGCUAUACGGGUCCUCCAGGAUGUAGAUGCGUGUGGUGGAGCAUGUCCAAGCCCCGAUGCCUUCCUGAGACCUGGCAGCCAGCGCUUCUAGAAACAGAGGCGGUACUAGCGUUCGAGCAUCCUGACAAGAUCCGAUGUUAUCACAGCGACGAUCCGUUCAGGCCUGCGUAG